UUUCAGAUUUCAGAAAUAAUCCCACAGAAAUUUUGAGAAGAGUGGAGAAUAGCGUGGGCAGUUCGUGCAUAGACAGAAAGAAACCCACAUCGAUGUGCCCUGGAAGGUGAUUCCAAGUGACACUGACGAAAAUGUGAGCAAGAGAUGUGCCUUCCAAUGCUAUGGGGUUCCCCCUUCCCCAUUCAUUUUCAACCCGGCUGACUCCCAAAAAGGCGUCAUCAAACUUGAGCGUGUAAGAAACCAUGUUACCAGUGGCGUGUCGGACUUUGUCAGGGCUUUGUGUCCGACUCGGCAUCGUGUUUAUGAUGCUGGCGGCUCCCGCUUUUGGAGUCUGGGUCCAGACCCACAACACGAGACAGAAUCAAGACACCCUAAGAGUUCCCAGGGACACUUCUGAAACCAGUGAAAGGGAUCGAUUCAUCAUGAGCGUGUUCGAGGCCCUACUCUCCACGAUGGAUGCCAAACUCAGAAGAGUCGAAAACCUAGACAAGGCUGUGGAGCACCUCAUGAGGAAGAUGGAAACUCUAUACAGCCAUGUCAAUCAAAAUAUCGUCAAGACUGAGCAAGUGCUCUCCAAACUCCGGGCUUUUGACACUAAACUCUACAACGUCGGGAACGGAAAGGCCGUGGAGGCCUUGGACAUGCGGAUGGUAUCACUCGAUGAGAAAGUGAACGUUCUGGAUAACAAAAUCAGCGUCCUCAUGGACAAACUGAACCAAGUGUGGCGCGUGUCUCAGUCGUCAGACAGGGACGAACUUCGGGAAGAAGCGAGUGAGCGACGCAUCGUUCGGAUCGAUGCCACCCCGGUCAACCAGGAUAUCCAAGCAGUAAAAGACAAAGUCAGUGAGAUCGAGAACAAGCUGGAGGUCCUUAAGGGCGAGGUUACCCCCAUGGUGGGAUACUUGGUCAACUCCGUGACGGAGAUUCACAAUGCCGUCAUCGAGGUGACGGGCCAUGAAGAGAGAAGCACGACGACGACGACUACGACAACAAGCAGCAGCGUUGACCCCAGGAAGAGCAAUGUGACUGGCCGCGGUAGCGGAGGGCGGUUGAGCCGCAUAGACAGACUCAUUACUCGGGUGGACCCCAUCGCCAGUGUGUCUGAGAAGAUGGACGAAGUGUGGAAUGUUGUCGUCGGCACGAAAAGCUCCGUGGACAAUUUGGUCCCCAAAUCUGAACAGCUCUUAGACAAAACACAGCGGCAGGAGAGGGCAAUCUCUGAAAUUCACUCCGAUCUCAAGAACAAAACUGACAAGAUAAUCGAGAACCUCUACAUGGUGGAGAGGACGAUCAGAGAGAAGUCAGGGGAAGGAGACUUAGGGAAAGAGCAAGCCUUCCGAGCCGUCAUAAGAUCACAGCCAGCGGAUGGCGAACACACAGACGGCCCCCAAGUCUUCAUCCAUAGCGACGUGGAUGAAUUACCGUUACUGCCAAUCAUGGAGCCACCAGAAUAUCCAACUAGGGACAGAGGGUCCAGCUCGGAAGAGGAGACUGAGGAGCCAGUGGAUGGGCCCUCUUAUCACUUCCCAAGCAUUGUCUUCCCCAGUAUCCUCAGGAAGCCCGCAUUCCUCGGCAACAAUUCUACUGAUCCAGCUCUCCUCAAAGGAACCGGAUACAAGGUGCGAAUGCAUGUUCUGAAAUAUAAACUCCGCAUUUGCAACGCAUAUUCUUGUGCCGAUCUGUACGAGAAGGGGAUUCGGGAUUCGGGCGUCUAUUACGUCCAGAUUCGGGGAACCACGUACUGGUACUUGAAAGUCUACUGCAACAUGGAUUCCAACGGCGGCGGCUGGACGGUAAUCCAACGCAGAGAUGACUUCCACGAGCCCCGAGAAAGUUUCAACAGGGAAUGGGAUGACUAUAAGCAUGGAUUCGGUGAUCCAUCCAAGGAGCUCUGGCUUGGGAACGAGAACAUUUUCAUGCUUACCAACUCAGAGGACUGCAUUCUCCGAGUGGAACUGGAGGACUUUGACGGGAACAAGAGGUGGGCUGAAUAUACUACAUUCAAACUCUACAGCGAGAAGGAUGAUUACAAAUUGGAAAUUGGCGGAUAUGAAGGAAAUGCUGGAGAUUCUCUGAAUGAUCCCUGGUAUGGAAGCAACUUGAGCCCCUUCUCCACCUUUGAUCGGGACAAUGAUCGGAGCAGUCUCAAUUGUGCCAGCAUGCUCAAAGGAGGCUGGUGGUGGAGAUCAUGUGGCAGAGGUCUCAAUGGUCUGUACAUUGCAGACCCCAAUGAUCUGCAAGCCCGACAAGAGUAA